CUCCGCUGGGAAAGCAGAAAAUAAAGCCGCUGCAGCUACUAAGGAGGCUAGUUAUGGAAGCGAACCUUUAAACGCUCAUUUCCUCCGCUGGGUUUGAGCAGGAACCGCCUCCCUUCCCUCUAGUUUUUUUUUUUUCUUUUUACCAGGAAGGAAAGGAUUUUAACUUUUGGUUCUCUAAAACCUUCGACGUUAUAAUAAAAAAAGGAAACGAAGUGAAGUUGAAGAAGCGAGUGAGGAGAGGAUUUCAUUAGCUGUGUUUGUGCCUGCUAGCCUCUACCGCUAACCGGAGCACUGGAUGAACUUCGCAUGGAGCUGCCCCUGCUCAUGGAGUUUUAUAAAUAAGCUUUUAUUUAUGUUUGAGUCCGUGUUGCUGAAUGGGCUCUAUCUGCCUGCAUCUUAACGGCAGCCGUUGUUCCCAUCCCACUAUUGAGCCUGAGCUCCUCUGGGAAGCUAACAGGAUAUUAGCCUCCUUCUCCCCUCUUCUCUUUGUGGUUGGAGGCCAGGGAGUGUAAGGCGUUCAUCCCUGGGCUGGCUGCUGGAAAGCCUGGCUUAAUGGCAGCUAAUAGCUCCUCCGGAAAGCUGCAGCUGGAUUCAGUCUAAACGAAGGGAAGGAAACGUUUGCAGCAGAUGCUGAAGUCCGUAAAUUGCGUUUGUUAGUUGGAAAUGCGUCGCAGCGCUGGAGCUUAUUCCAGGUUGGGAUAAGAGGAAAGGGGGGAGAAGAGCGGAAAACCAACAUUAAGGUCUUUGGGAAAUAAAGCAACUCCCAGCUUUUGGAAAACCUGUAAAAUAUAAUGUCUGCUGCAAAGGAAAACAGCUGUAGGAAAUUCCAGGCCAACUUCUUCAACAAGAGUAAAUGUCAGAACUGUUUUAAACCGAGAGAGCUGCAUCUGCUGACCGACCAGGACCUGACCCAGGCCAAGCCAAUUUAUGCUGGAUGGCUGUGCUUGGCUCCUGAGGGAACCAACUUCGACAAUCCAAUGCAAAGAUCCCGGAAAUGGCAGCGGAGAUUCUUUGUGCUGUACGAACAUGGCUGUCUGCGCUUCGCCUUGGACGAGUCGCCGAGCACGCUGCCUCAGGGCACCGUCAACAUGAACCUCUGCUCGGAUGUGAUCGACGCAGAGCCCAAGACGGGCCAGAAGAACUCUCUGUGCAUCAUCACCCCCGAACAGGAGUACUUCAUCCGAGGAGAGAAUAAAGAAAUCAUCAACGGGUGGAGCGAGCAGCUGAUUGUUUACCCCCGAACAAACAAACAGAACCAGAAAAAGAAACGGAAAGUAGAGCCCACCACCUCCCAGGAGCCGGGUCCAGCUAAGGUGGCCGUGACUGGUUCUGGAAUCCCUGAAGCUGAUAAGGCUCCGGACUCCAGCUCCAUCAUCUGGCAGGAGGAGCUGAACCAGCGGGAGGCUGAGAGCGCAGUGGCCUGGGCUGCUGCCGGUUCUGACCAGCCCCCAGGCUCACCGCUGCCCUCCUCAGGUGACUGUGUGCCUAUGGGCCAAGGCUCUGACGGCGGGUCAGUGAACGGCGAUGAAGUGGACCGUAGCAGCCUUCCAUUGCAUGGCUCUGCACCUCAAGCCCCCGGUGGCCCUCUCUCCCCAACGGGGUCCUGCUCCAGUUUGGGAGGCGUUCCACGCUGUCAGUCUCCUUCACCCAGUGACCCCUUCCCCUCCGGAAGCUCCCUGCUCUCAAACGGCUCCCACAUCAGCGGCUCAGUCAGCUCCCUGGACUCAGACGCCAGCGGAAGCACAGUCACCAGCACCGACAGCCACCCGGCGGGCCACAGGGGCGGCCACCAUGACGCUCCACGCUCCCGACGGCUGGAAGCCGAGGCCAGGAAAGCUGAGAAGAGGAGCCGGUUCAGGAGCCCCGACAGGCAGGAGAGAGAGGCUGUUCUCAGUCCCGAGAGAAGUCGCUCCGGUGUUAUUGAGAAGUUCAAGGCCUUGGAGCUGGAGAAUCCUGAGAAAAUGGAGGUGGAGGAGACGGAGAGAAAUGGAGCCAGACAGGGCCGCAGCGAGCACAGACGCCUCUACAGAGAGGGUCAGAGGCAGGAUAAUAACGAGGGUCUGGACUUUCGCUCCACCCUGCCCCCUCUAAGGAGGGCCAAGUCUCUGGAUCGUAGGACCACAGAAUCCGUCAUGACGCCCGAUUUGCUGAACUUCAAGAAAGGCUGGAUGGUGAAGCUGGACGAGCAAGGCCAGUGGAAGAAAUACUGGUUUGUUUUGACGGAUCACAGCCUGAGAUACUAUAAAGAUUCAAUAGCAGAGGAGGCCUCUGAUUUAGAUGGUGAGAUUGACCUUUCCAGCUGUUACAAUGUGACUGAAUACCAGGCUCAACGCAACUACGGGUUUCAGAUCCAUACUCAGGAAGGAGUCCACACUUUGUCGGCCAUGACGGCAGGAAUCCGUAGGAACUGGAUCCAGGCGGUCAUGAAGAAUGUGAGACCUUCCACCGCCCCCGAUGUGGCCAGCUCAACAGAUGAUCACGGCUCCUUCUCUGCUUUCGAGGGUCUUGCUAGACCGGAUGUAGCUCAGCCCUCCUCCGAUGCUUCUUCAGUGGAGAGAGAAUCUGCUCCAGGCAUCAUCAAAAGCAGAGCGCGAGAGCGAAGGCGAGAAGGCAGAUCAAAGACGUUUGACUGGGCGGAAUUCAGGCCGAUCGCCCAGGCUCUGGCUCAGCAGAGGGCGCAGGAAGCCGAGAGCCUCCAGGCAGACAGAGCUGAGCUGGAUCGCAGCAGGAGGAGAGAGGAGAGGCGGAAGAGAUACGAAGGUGUGAGCAGCCCUGAUCACACGUCUGUUACAGAUGGAGGGAGGAUAGAGAGCGAGGUCGACGACGGCGUCGAACGCACCGUCUCUGCCAGCCCCACGUCUCUGCAGAAGCAGCAGAGGGUGGAGGAGGUGAUCGAAGAACACUGGAGACAGGUGGAGAAGACGCCCAUCCGGGAGGAGAGGAGGGUCCCUCUGCCCAACGCGGCGCAGUCCAGAGAAACCACAGAGCUGGAGCUCCUCCUGGACAGCUACAAGCAAGGGAUAGAGGACCUGAAGGCCCAGUUGGAGAGCUGUCACCAGCAGCUCCUCGACUCAAACAAGCACAAGCAGGAGCUGGAGCUCCAGCUGAGAAUCGCUCUGGAGCGAGAGCAGGACAUCCGCUCCGGUUACAUCUCCCCGCUGGAGCAUCCUUUGGGUCUGGAGGCUGACGUGACGCCCCAGAUGAAGAGGCUCGAGCCGGUUAGUUCUCAAGCACAGAGUUUAACAAAGAAGUACCAGGAGACCAAAGAGCUCCUGAAGCUGCAAGAGCUGAAAAAGCGCAACAUGCAGGCACAGCUUGGCCUUUCGCUUUCUCACCCCUCCGCCGAGGAGCCUAACCUUUCUGAUCAAACGCCCCCCACCAUGGAAGGCGCUCCCUCUGAAAUUGUCCAAAAACGAGUGAGCUUCUUGCUGGAGGACAGUGCAAAUGUCAUUCAGGAACUGGAAGAUCUCCUGUCCGGUGAACCUCUGACUCUGAAGGAGCUCGGAAGUGUGUUGAAGCUUCAUACCUUCGCUCAAAGUCCCGCAGGAAAUCAUGAACUUCAGCAGCUCUUAGAGACUUGGAAAUGCCAGCAGGAGACAGAAAAUAAAACUUUAAAAAAGAGCUUGGCCAGAGCAGGAGAGAGCAUACGAGAAUAUGAAGCCCGUCUUCUAACCAUGGAGGAUAUGAUGGGAAAAGUUCAGAAGCAAAGUUUGGAGAAGCUAAAAAACCCCUACAGCAAAAUAGAAAACCAUUCAGAGAAGAGCGACGUUACGACAGGUUUGCUCUCCCAGAGGGUUGAGCUGUUAACAGGCGAAAACAGCGCAUUAAAACAACGAUGUCAGGAGAUCGUUAACCAGCUGACGGAAGCCGACAGAGAAAUAGACCGACUAAAAGCAGAACUCAUCAACCAGCAGGGUGGGAAACAGCAUCAUCUGGUCUUGGAGGAGCUGAAAAGACUGAAGGCAGAACUGGCAGAAAAUCAAGCUUACGCUAUAGACAGGGAGUAUUAUGAGAGAGAGCUCAAUGAGAAGUCUUUGAGGCUCCAUGAAGCCUUGGUUACCUUGGAGGAACUAGGCAACACUCUUAAAGACACGGAGAAGAAGCUCCAGUUAAAAGAGGCCACGCUAAGAGGGCUGGGAUUCCAGGCGGACUAUGAGGAUGAGGACUUGCAUCCAGACGAGGAACAUUUUAGAGAGCUGCUUGACGCUUCUCAAGCCAAGGUGCUGGAGGCCGAGGAUAACCUUCGGAUCACAGAGCAGCGCUGUGCAGAGCUGGAAGCCAGAAACAAUGAAUUAGUUGCACUAAACCAGAAAAUAGAGCAAGUUAGCCAGGAGAGGCUAGCAGAAAAUGAAGUGAGGAUUCUAAGAGAGAGGUUAGAAAUAAAUAGUAGAGAUGGACAGAAAGUUAGUGAGAGUGAUAAUUUAGGAGAUAAGCAGGUUGACGAGGAAGGAUUCUUAAAGGAAGUGGUAGCUGAGUUGGAGAUGAGGUCUGAGGCAUUAGAUAAAGUCGUAGAGAUGUUAGCAAACGUAGAUGGUGGCGUAGAGACGAUGCUUGGUCUUUUAAAAAGCACUUUAUUAGGUUCUUGUAAGGAAGAACCUCUUUGCAUCGGUGGAAAUGAGAUGAGUUCAGUGGUGGAGUGGGAAUUCUGGAGCCAGCUGUUGAGAAACACAGAGUUAAAAUCCGAAGAACAGAAACAGAGCGGUGUGUCAGAGCUGCUCCAGCAGAUAAAGGCGCAGAAGAGCUUGGAGCUGCUGGGGAAGACUGAUGGUUCCCAGCGAGAAGAUGGUGAAAUACCAGUGGAUUUCACAACAAUGUACAGCUGGCUGGAUGAUGAAACAUAUGCUAUGAUUCUUAGACAGCUAAGAGAAACGUUGGAGAGAAGGUCUCAUGAUUUGAAGCAGAUUGCUUCCAGCCUCAAACUGAACAGAGAUGAUAAACUUCUUCCUGUGGCUCUAACGAGCUUUGGUUUCAUGCAGGAACCUAAAAAGGCUUCCAGAUAUCUUCUGGAUUCCCUCAAAGAAGCAUGCUUGGCAUAUGUGAUCGUUAGACUGAAGGCCCAGCAUGAAAUAGAGUUAAAGCAAAAUGAGACGGCAGUACAGACGGGGAGCCUGAAUUGUCCAAACUGUCCUAAAUUAAAAGAAGCUGCUAAUGAUCUCCAGUCCAAGCUGGAAGAUCUUCAGAACCAGCUUUCCCUGGCCUCGCCAAAAAAAAGUGAAAUUGAUUCUGUGGAUCAAAACUCUGAGCUUCAAGACUUGGCAGCCAAGCACAAGAAGGAGUUAGAAGACAUAAAAACCAACUAUGAGAAGAAAGUUGAACAGUUGAGGCAGGAGGUUGAAAAGGCCAAUGAAGCAAUGCGCCUUCAUUCGGAGAAAAAUAUUAAAGAGAUGGAUUCCUUGACCGACUGCAUGGAGAACCUGAAAAACAAGCACGAGGAUGAAAAGAGGGAACUCCUCGAGAGAUUCGAGCAGGAAAUGGCAGAGUUGAGAAGCGCAAUGAGCCCGGCAGAUGGAGAGGGGAACGAAACGGACGAGCACGCUCUGCCGCAGGAGGCCUCGGCCCAAACGUCAGCCCUGCGGGAGCGCAUUCAGGAGCUGGUGAGCCAAGUGUCGGCCAUGGCCGAAGAGAUGAGGCGACGGGACGAGCAGGGUGACGCAAACACCCUGAGGCUGAAAUACGAGAGAGACCUGGAAAACCUAAAGGCCACCUGUGAGCGAGGCUUUGCCGCCAUGGAAGAGUCCCAUCAGAAGGUGAUCGAAGAGCUACAGAGGAAACACCAGAGGGAGCUGGAGAACCUGAAGGAAGAGAAAGAGAGACUGUUGGAGGAGGAAACGGCAGCCACAAUUGCUGCUAUUGAGGCGAUGAAAAACGCUCACCGGACGGAACUGGAGAAGGAGCUGGAUAAAGCCCGCAAGGCCAGCAGCAACAACGAGAACGCAGAUAUAGAAGAGAUCCGCAGACAGCAUGAGGAGGAGUUGUGUUCCUUCCAGCGGGAAAUCGAAGUGUUAUCGGAGCAGUAUUCGCAGAAGUGCCUGGAAAACGCCCACCUGGCUCAGGCUCUGGAGGCCGAGAGGCAGGCCCUCAGGCAGUGCCAGAGAGAGAACCAGGAGCUGAACGCACACAACCAGGAGCUGAACAACCGUCUGGCAGCAGAGAUCACCAAGAUGCGCUCCAUGACAUCCGAGGAUGGAGCCGGAGAUCCAAACGUCACAAUCCAGGGGAAAGAGCUGUAUGAGCUAGAGGUGAUGCUGAGGGUGAAGGAGUCUGAGGUCCAGUACCUGAAGCAGGAAAUCAACUCCCUGAAAGAUGAACUCCAGGCAGCUCAAAGAGAUAAGAAAUAUGCAACAGAUAAGUACAAGGACAUCUACACAGAGCUGAGCAUCGUGAAGGCCAAGGCGGAGCGGGAUCUUGGCCGGCUCAGAGAGCAGCUGCAGCUGGCUCACGAGGCGCUGGGUGAGCCGUCGCUGGAGGACAUGGAGCGAGGAUAUGAUAUCAUGAAGUCCAAGAGCAACCCUGACAUUUUGAAGAUGGCGGCUGCAGCAGCCAAACGCUCAGAGCGUACUCUGAGGUCAAAGUCUGUGAAUCGAGACAUGCCCUGGGACAGUUAGCUGGAGACCUCUGCCCUCCUCUGCUUUAGAGUCUGAAGGAAGGGCUGACUGCAGAGCAGAGACUCCACCUGUUUGAAAACAAAGACGCUAAGGAGUUCUGACGGCGCCUCAUCACGCCUGCCUGCCAUGCUGCAUGUUUAGAAAUCCACUAAAUUUUAGCUCUGCUACGACUUAUUUAGAAACACUAAACACUGGUCACUGAACACGGAUCAUGUAUGUUAUUAAAGAAGACACGCUAUGAAGUUUGAGUUUCAUGUCUAGAGUUUUGCAUUCCAUGCACUUCAGUUAACUGUGACAUUUUCUUUUUGUAUUUUCUAUGUCUUACUGUAAAUAAUGUUUUUAAAAAAGAGCAUCUGCCGUGCAUACACUAAACUAUGACUGUGUAAGCUACUGUUUUAACACUAUAGACUGUUGCUAGCCAAAGACAUUUAGCUGUAAUGUUGACUGGCUAAACAAAAAAAACAAAAGUGCAUAUUAAGAAGUUACACUUGCAUACCAGCACUAUAGGAACGUCUCCAGUGAUCUGGCCGUUGUGGCUCCUCUGCACCUUUAUCACACGUCAGUAAACACAGAAUGAACAUGCUCGGCUCCAUUUGAAGAAAAACGAACAUCUGUGUUGCUUCUGUCUUCCAAAGUAAAGAAAAAAGGCGCUAGGUUCACUCAAAACCAACGUUCCUGGAAAGGUAAACUGAAUGCUUAUGGACAGAUUUCCUGACUAUAAUUUAAUUACAUUGAAUGCUAUAGUUUUUGUUUGUUUUGCUCUCACAGCAGUCGUUGGCCCAGCUGUAUAGGAGUUGCUCCAGUUGCUUUGUGUUUGUAGUCUUGUUCCGUGGCAGUCCCGUUGUAUUUAUUUAAAUGGCUGGGAUUUUUCUUUUUACAUUCCCACUCCUCUGUACUCUAUUAUUGUAAAUAUAAAGCAAAUAUACACCAACUGACUACAGGUUUAUUAGCAAUAAAUAUUUUUGCACCCUU